UCCUUCAUACUGUCAUGCUACUUCACAAACUGGGCACAGUACAGACCACCUCCAACCAUUUUUAUGCCCAAUGACAUCGACCCAUGCCUGUGUACCCAUCUUCUGUAUGCCUUUGCCACCAUAAAGAACAACCAACUGGCCACCUAUGAGUGGAAUGAUGUGGAGCUUUACAGUCAGUUUAAUGCCCUUAAGAACAAGAAUGGCAACCUGAAGACUCUUCUGUCUGUUGGAGGAUGGAACUUUGGCUCUACAGGGUUUUCACAAAUGGUGCUGAGUGCUGCCAACCGUCAGACCUUCAUCAACUCAGUCAUUUCAUUCCUGAGGAAGUAUGAGUUUGAUGGACUUGACAUUGACUGGGAGUAUCCAGCCAACAGAGGAGGCUCUCCUGAGGAUAAGCAAUACUUCUCUGUUUUCCUGGAGGAGAUGAGAGCUGCAUUUGAGAAUGAGGCCAAGCAAAGCAACAAGGCUCGUCUUCUGAUGUCUGCUGCUGUGGCGGCUGGAAAGAGCAACAUUGAUUCAGCUUAUCAAGUUCCCAAGCUUGGCCAGGCCCUGGAUAUGAUCAAUGUCAUGACGUAUGACUUCCAUGGCUCUUGGGACCCAAUGACUGGUGAGUGCAGUCCCCUGUUCAGAGGCCCAGAGGACCAGGGUGGCUACAUCUAUUUCAAUGUGGACUAUGCCAUGAGCUACUGGAAGAGCCUGGGAGCCCCAGCUGAGAAGCUGCUUGUUGGUUUCCCAACGUAUGGUAACACAUUCACUCUUAGGAACCCUGCUGACCAUGGUGUUGGAGCACCUAUUGCUGGUGCUGGAACACCAGGAAAGUACACACAAGAGGCUGGGGAACUUGCUUACUUUGAGAUCUGCGGCUUUUUGAAAGAUGGAGCAACUGAGGUUUGGAAUCAGGCCCAGGAUGUGCCGUAUGCUUACAAAGGAAACCAGUGGGUGGGGUAUGACAACAUCAAGAGCUUCCAGAUCAAGGCUGACUGGCUGACAAAGAGUAACUAUGGAGGUGCCAUGGUGUGGACCCUUGACAUGGAUGACUACUUGGGCACUUUCUGUAACCAGGGAAAAUACCCACUGAUUAAUGUUCUCAAAAAGGGCCUUAAUCUGGAACAAGCAUCCUGUGCCCCGCCUGCCACUCCACUUCCUCCAAUCGCAGGAGUGAGUGCGACUACUGGAGGCAGCUCUGGAGGCAGCUCCAGUGGAGGCAGCUCCUCAGGUGGGGACUCGGGCACCAGCGGCAUGGACAGCGGUUUCUGUGCUGGAAAGGCCAGUGGCAUGUACCCCGACCCAACAAACAAGAACCAAUUUUACAACUGCAACAACGGCAAGACCUACUUUGAGAACUGUGCUGCUGGUCUGGUCUUUGACAGUUCCUGCUCUUGUUGCAACUGGUCCUAAAGCUCAAGUUUUAGAUUGACUGGUUAACUGUAGGCUGAAUGACUCUGUUUUACAAUUGUUCUUAGUUCUCAGGAGCCAUCUUCUCUGAGUACAAAGUCCUUCUUUCCACAUUGGAUGUAUAACAAUGUAAAACUAAUGCUGUUCUCUAGAGUAAUUUUCAAAGCAAAGAAAAUAAACAUUUGAAUUGUU